AUGUCCAUCAUUGACAGCUUUCUCAAGCCCCCCUCCACAGUCACAGCCAAUAACAAUGGAUCACAAACCGUCCUUCGCGUUCCAGGCUGGUACAUCAGACCUGCAGCUGAUGGCCAGCACAGAAGCUGGCAAAGUCUCGAAAGACAACCUGAAGAGGGCAGCCUCACCUCCGACACCAGGGAGCUGGCUGAGGCACAAGCUGUGUCAAGGGUCACAGCGCUGGGGGGCAACCCGGUGGACCGCUGGCAGCUCCUCAGCCAGACCGAGCUCCAGUUUGGUCAGUACCGGGGUCAGACUCUCCAGUGGCUGCUGUCAAAUGACGUGGGCUUCACGGCAACCAUUCUGGCAGGCCAUCAGGGAGAGCGUGAGGGGGGGGAUGUCAGCAGCACCCCCCUCAUGUGGAACAAAGAUGCUCUGCUGGAGUACGCCAGCCUCUUCGCCCCAGUGAUGGCAGCCGUGAGCAGGAAGAGAGCACCGGGCACGGCUGCAGAGCACGAGCAGCUGGUGGGCUUUGGGGCUUGGUCAGCCAUGACGUACAGGGACCUGUACGACACUGCGGAGAGGGAGCCAAGCACGUACAGGAAGUGGCUCAGGAGGCAGCCCGUCAGGAGGCCCGGGUCCCAACUGGCGCAGCUGAAGGACUACAUAGACAGAAGGGACAAGGAGAAGCAGCCUGUCGCCUCCUCAGCUGCAUCAGCAGCCGCCACCUCCUCAGCUGUCUCCCCCUCCACUACAUCUCCCCCCAAACAGCGGAGGAAGAGAAAGCCAGUGCUCCUGUCUUCCUCAGAGGACGAAGACGACCAUCUGAUGGUGGAGGCUGCGGCUCAGGUGGAGGCUGCUUUAGUAUCUGCUCCACCUCUUCCUCCUCCGCCGCCUCCUCGUCCUGCCCAGCAGCAGAGAGCUCUGGCACCACCUCCUCUUCAACUCGUCGCUCCUCCCCCUCAGCUGGUCCUGCCGGCAGCCUGGAGGAGCAGCCUCCCUGUAGAGCAGCACGAGUGGGUCAGCAGGGCUCUGUUUGUGGGCUACAAGUCAGGGUGGCCCGUCCUGUCCACGGACUAUCAGCUGUGGCACCACCCCCCCGGCCCCCGGCUGAAGUACUCCCAGCGGCCCUCCUCCCCAGAUGCUUUCUUCCAGCGGCCCUUCUUCUUCUGGGCGCCGAACAAAAUGUGGCAGUACCACCUGAAGUGCCCAAGCUGCGCACACAAGAUGACGGGUAGUGGUCUCUACAAGACCGUGCGCAGAGUUCUGGACACCAAAGGCUGGUACUACAUGGGGACGGAGUACCUGGAGUGCAGGUACUGA